UGACGACCGCCAAAAUCCCACUUGAGACUGUAGGGGAUCUCCACUCCCUCAUGUGUACCUCCCCGCCGGUGCUACUGCAGGUGUUCUUCCUGAUGAUCCUCGAGGGCGUCCGUCCUCAGCCCUCUCCCUCCCCGUCAGGGUCAGUGUCCACCUCUUCGGACUUGGGGCCAGGGAUGCAGGGCGGGACCCUUCAGUCCUCUUCGGAGUGGCCUGGAACUGCUAGGGCCGUGCCUGGGAUCUCUACGGUAGGCCCUACUGUCGCGACCCCUUCGACGCCUGAAAAUAAGACCAUGGACCUCUUCCCAGCCUUACCGAUCUGUGUCUGCGACUUGACUCCUGGUACCUGCGAUAUAAAUUGCUGCUGCGACAGAGACUGCUAUCUAAUCCAUCCCAGAACAGUUUUCUCCUUCUGCCUUCCAGGCAGCGUGAGGUCUUCAAGUUGGGUGUGUGUGGACAACUCUCUUAUCUUCAGGAGUAAUUCCCCAUUUCCUUCGAGGAUUUUCAGGGAUUUAAAUGGAAUUAGGCAGUUCUGUGUCCAUGUGAACAACUCAAAAUUAAACUAUUUCCAGGAGCUCCAAAAAGUCAAUGCAUCCAACUUCCAGGCACUGGCUACAGAGUUUGGAGGCAAAUCAUUCACUCCGACAUUCCAAGCUGAGCCACCACCACCGUUUUACAGGGCUGGGGACCCCAUUUUGACUUACUUCUCCGAGUGGUCUCUGAUAGGCUUUCUGAAGCAGCCUGCAGGGCUCGGAGCUGGGGGGCUCUGUACCGAGAGCAAUCCUGCAGGUUUCUUAGAAAGUAGAAGUACAACCUGUGCUCGUUUCUUCAAGAACCUGGCAAACAGCUGCACCUUGGAUCCAGCCCUCAAUGCUGCCUCUUACUACAACUUCACAGUCUUGAAGGUUCCAGGAGGUAUGACUGAUCUGCAGAAUGUGAAGUUCCAGGUUCCCGUAACACCUGUCUCACAGGCUGGCUCUCCUCUGUUGGCCGGAAACACUUGUCAGAAUGUUGUUUCCCAGGUCACCUAUGAGAUAGAGACCAACGGAACGUUUGGAAUCCAGAAAGUCUCUGUCGGUUUCGGACAGGCCAACCUGACUGUGGAGCCAGGCGCUUCCCUGCAGCAACACUUCAUCAUUCGCUUCAGGGCUUCUCAGAGCACAGCUGCUUCUCUCCGUGCUCCUAGAAGUGGGAAUCCUGGCUAUAUUGUUGGGAAGCCAUUCCUGGCUCUAACUGGUGAUGUGAGUCACUCAAUGACCCUUUUGCAAAGCCAGGGUGAUGGAACGUGCUCUGUUAGGAGACAUGAAGUACAGUUUGGAGUGAAUGCGAUGUCUGGAUGCAAGCUCAGGCUGAAAAAGAUGGGCUGCCGCCACUUGCAGCAGGAGAUGUACCAGACUCUCCACGGAAGGCCCAGACCAGAGCAUGUUGCCAUCUUCGGUAAUGCUGACCCAGCCCAGAAGGGAGAGUGGACCAGGAUCCUCAGCAGGAACUGCAGUGUUUCGGCUACACAUUGUGCGUCUUGCUGUGUCAUCCCAGUUUCCCUGGAGAUCCAGGUACUGUGGGCAUAUGUAGGCCUCCAGUCCAACCCACAAGCUCAUGUAUCAGGAACACGCUUCUUGUACCAGUGUCAGUCCAUAAAGGAUUCCAAAGUAACAGAAGUGCCUUUGACAACUAUUGUGACCUUUGUGGACAUUACCCAGAAGCCAGAGCCUCCACGGGGCCAACCCAGAAUCGACUGGAAAUUGCCAUUUGAUUUCUUCUUUCCGUUCAAAGUGGCAUUCAGCAAAGGAGCGCACUCUCAAAAAGGCUCAGUCUUUCCCAUCCUUAUCCUGUGUUUCUUACUACUCGGAGUUCUCAGCUAAGUAACAAAAGGAGAAAAAUCACGUUUUAAAAUUCCCUAUGGGAAGUCCUACGGCAGCCUACUUAUGUUGGCUAAUGACCAGAAGGCAUUUAGGAUAAUAGAGGACCUACACUGAAGGAACCUUUGUACAUGAGGGAAAGGUAAUAAAGGUAAUUUAUUCAUCCUAGCUCUCUGCUUAGAACUUAGAACAUGCUUCAGUAAUGUCAACUGAAAAUGAUUUGCUCCAAAAAACUGAAUAUGUAACCUACAGAACACCAGAUACACCUUAAGCUCUAUACUCCUCAGGCAGGAAGGAACACGAAGAGCUCUUCCUUCAGUCCUUCAGGUUGUGUUGUGCCUGACCAAAGGUUUGUACGGUCUUCAUCCCUCUGCUCACAGGCACAGUUGGGCAACGUCAAAAGGAACAUGUUCCUACUGCUCCCCACAUGAACUUGGAAAGUACUGCCCUCUGGGCUUUAAAGGAACUGACUGUUGAGAAUAGAAAACUACUGGCUAUAUAUUUUAUCUGGUUCCAUCCUAAUCCCUUGGGUUACAACGUUCCCAUGCCUGAGUGAGGAUGGCAGUUCUUUCCAUGAAAAGUUUUCAAAAUGAAUGUGGAAUCCCAGCCUCCUUUCCUACUCACAAGUGAUUUUACCACUCAUUUUCUCGUUUCCCUUCACUGUGGUAGAGAAGUAAAACUGAUUGAGAGCUCAGUUAUAGUAAUUCUAGCAGUACACAGGAGUUAACUGAUAGGUAGUUUGCCUCAUGAUUAUUUUUCUAUAUACAUGAGGGGUUCUUUUUUAAAAAAAAUCUUUAUAGUAUAAUAGCAUUCAUUAUUA